CUUUAGUCUCGCGUUUAUCGUCGUCGCGUCGAUGUCGAUAUCGUCAUUAUCAUCAUCGCGUUCGUUACCGUCGUCUUCGCCGUUACGAUUCGCGCGAUCUUACCUCACAUGCGACGUACGAUGACAAAAAUGCGCGCGUUUCUUUUUCUAUCGGAUGUUUUGUGACGUUCGACAAGUGGAUUAAAAGUCAAGAAAAAAAAAUUUUUUCUUUCACAUUCAUAUGCCAGUUCUAUUUUGAUAAAUGGAUUUCUUUUCCGUAUUAUUAAAAUUCUAAUGACAGUUUUAAACUGUUGAAUUUCAAAGUUUGAUAUCAAUGAUAAUUACAGUCAUUGAUCGAUGAUCGUGCAUGAUCAAUCCAGUUAUAAUAAUAAUGGUAAUAAUGAUAAUAAUAACAACAUCAACAACCUAUGUUUCCAUUAAUAUGGAUCGAUCAUAGUUGGGUUUUAAUAAAACGUCGGUGUCCGUGUAAAUCUGUGACAUGUAUUUUCUGUGUGUAUGUAUCUUUGAAUAGUAGGUCAAAGAGCUAUCGUGGAAUAAGAACAAUCAAUCGAAGAUAUCGAUCAUCGAUCAAGUUCGAGGUGCAAACAAGGUUACGAUAUCAUCGAUAUCGAAGCAUUCUUCUUUUCAUUUUGAUCCGAAGACGUGAUCGUCUUUUUAAAGUGCAGAGUAGAAGAGGAGUCGCUGGAGGUGCCUCGAGCAGUGUUCCGGGAUCAAAAAGGGUCCGUUCGAGAGAAGAUGCAAUCCUCGUCGAUAAGCGAAACCGGAAAAGUUAUUGCGAUACUCCGCUAGAAAUUCGAUUCGUUCGGUGGUGCAAGGGUGGUGAAAGGGUGAGAGAGAAAGAGAGGGAGAUGAGAGAGUGGAAGGGUUAGGUAGCGCGCAAGAGUAGCCGCGAGAUAAAAAGAUAGAAAAGAAAAGAAGGGAAGGAAAGAGAGAUAAUAUAACGAAGGAAACGAGGAAAAGGAAAGAGGUGAGAGUUGACGAGAAAGGAGAAAGAGAAUUCUUGGUUACAGUGUUUCGAGUUAAAUAUGAAUAAUUGUCGAUAGAUCUAUAUACAUAGAAAAUUUGUGAUCAAUGGGGUUUUAUAAGUUAUAACGUUCUCGUUUAUCUUACAAUAAUUUCACGAUUUUCACGAACGUUUACGAAAAUUCAUGGAAUAAGAUUAGUGUAAUUGAAGGAUUCGUGUUCACCGAAGUUCUGCUUUAAAUUUCUCUCUUCUGGUGGACAUUAGAGAAUGGUUGAAUCGGGAUCUACGAGGUAGUGUUAGAUAGAAUUGUAAUUAAAACGACGUCAUCGUGCGGAGUGAACGAUUCCAUUUCAUUCUUCUCGAAAGGUUGGAAUCUUCCAACCGAAUCGAUCGUAGCGGAUUUCUGUAAGGUGCUUUAGGAAGAUACGCAGCUGAUGCUAUUUGGAUUAAAGCGAUCGAAUAACAGGUAUCCAAUUGCAGGAGAGAGAACAAUGAAUCGAUCCUAAUAGUCGAUCGCGCAAAGAGAAAAGGGAUCAAAGAAGCAUUGCAUUUAUUGCGGUGCUUGCCUGUCGAAAGCACGCGAGUGCAAUCGAUUCGGUCAUUGCUUUUCGAUUGGAAAGCAUCCGCAAAUCGACUCGUAUGGUGAAUCGUAAAGACAAAAAGUCAAGCGAUAUACGUUCGCUUUAACGAGUUGCUAUGAUGACUAAAUUCUAGAAAGAACGAUCCAUUCCGAUUUGCAAGAUAUUAUACGCCUAAAAGGAGGCUACCGUAAAGGAGGAUAAAGUGAUUUGCUGGUGGACAUCGGUUUGGCUGUUAAAUAAUGAACUCUUGUAAUCGUUCAUCGAGCUCGCUUCAAAGGAGAACGAACGUUGCCGUCGGCGAUGCAUUGAAAGGUUAAAAUGCUCGACUAUUUUUCAAGAGACAAACAAAGAGCUAACGAAUGAGCUCGUCGUCGUUAAGAAAGCAUUGUCUUCGCGACGAUGAGACGUCCGAUGGGAAGAGUUCGCGAGAAAAGAUCGACGACGGAGAUCACGAUAGCAGCGAUAAUCUCUACGUAGUUUCAUUAAAAUUUCUCGAACGUAUUAAGUAGGAGGUGAAAGAUGUAUCCAAUUUUCUAUUGCUGAUACCGGGUAAACUAAAAUCAUCGAGCCUCAUGAGAUCCAUCGUUUUCGUGAGUCACGCGAAAGAAGAAGCGUGCUGGUCAAAUUCAACGAUCGCGAGUUGGAUCGUUUGGGCGGUCCGGUGAAGUUAUGAGGCGGCGUAACAACGGCUUUACGGCUGGCGGCAAUAAUGUCGCUUUUUGCUGCCAGAACGCGAGAAAAGCUGGAAAUCGCUCUUUUGCCGGUGGUAGUUGCAACGAAUCGGAGGGCAACGAGCCACCAGAAUGGUGCAUCUAUGCGGCCGUUACCCUUGUCGCGAUUGGUUGUUAUCUGAACGCUCUUGGUGGGGAUUUUGUGCACGAUGAUAUCCCAGCUAUUGUAAGAAAUAAGGAUGUGAUCGCUCAAACCCCAAUCGCUAACGUUUUAAAAGACGAUUUUUGGGGUACGCCGAUGCAGGAUGUCAAUAGCCACAAGAGUUAUCGUCCACUUACAACACUUACAUUUCGAUUGAACUAUCUGAUGUCAGGCCUGACGCCAACGUGGUAUCACGCAACGAAUGUCGCGUUACACGCCGCGGCAUGCGUUUUAGUAACCAGAGUGAGCUUAACCGUGGCGUCACUUCGUCCUGGAUUCGCGGCAUUGACCGGCUUGUUAUUUGCCGCUCAUCCUAUUCAUACCGAGGCUGUGACUGGCAUCGUCGGAAGAGCGGAUGUUCUCGCCUGCAUCUUUUUCCUACUCUCCUUCCUGGCUUAUCAUGGUCAGCAAACAGCCUACGUGUGGAGCAGUGUGUGUCUCGGUACCCUGUCAAUGUUGGCUAAGGAAACCGGUGUUACGGUUCUACUCCUAAACCUUCUUUACGACCUUUGUCGUUCCUGGCACUCAAUCAGGAGAUCUAUUUCCGAAGCUCGAUGGAAUGAAGAUUCACGACACUUUUCCAGACGUGCGGCUGCUUUACUAGUUUCCCUCGGGAUACUUUUGGUAGUAAGGCUCGCCCUUCUUCACGGUGCUUUGCCGAAAUUUUCACCACAGGAUAAUCCUGCAGCUUUUCAUCCCUGUUUCCACGUUAGAUUACUAACGUUUUGCUAUUUGGCUGCGCUGAAUUGUUGGCUACUUCUAUGUCCUGUGACACUUUCUCAUGAUUGGCAAAUGGGUUCCGUUCCUCUGGUUACAUCUUUAGCUGAUACUAGGAACCUGGCGACGUGUCUCUUUUUCGGCGGCUGCUUAGUUCUCACGUACAAAGCUUUCACGGAUUUUGAGCAACAAAGGCACCCGCCCCUUAUUCUUGGUUGGAUGUUCCUGGUGCUACCGUUCCUACCUGCGUCUAAUCUUUUCUUAACUGUCGGAUUCGUCGUUGCGGAGCGCGUACUGUACAUGCCAAGCGUUGGAUGGACCUUAUUAGUUGUGUAUGGUAUUCAAGUGACUUGGACAGCUCUACCACGACGAAGAAGUUUUAUUACAGCUGGAGUGGUCUUACUUCUCAUUUUAGGGUGCUACAGAACCUUUCUUCGAAACAAUGAUUGGACGUCUCGAGAGACUUUACUUAGAGCUGGUUUGCGGUCUCUGCCUCACAAUGCCAAGAUGCAUUACAACUUCGCCAACUUCCUAAGAGAUACGUCACAACCGAACCGUGCAAUUCUCCAUUACCAGUUGGCCCUCUGGUUGUGGCCAACUUACGCGAGCGCUCACAAUAAUCUUGGGACGUUGACGGUAGGCGAUCAAGCGGAGCAGCAUUUUCUGGCCGCAAUCCACGCCCAACCUGGUCACGUCAAUGCGCACUACAAUUUAGGGCAAUUGUACAGGAAGACGAACAGGACGGAGGAGUGCAUCAAGAUGUUGCAGAAGUGCGUAUCAUUAGAUCCAGCUUAUAUUCCAGCAUACCUGGUUCUCGCGAGAUUAGCAAGUGGUUCCGCAACGGGAGUCCUUCUACGGCACGUCGUUCGUUUGCAACCUCGAAGUCCGGAUCAUCUCGCGGAAUAUGCUACAUGGUUAUAUCAAAACGGAAAAUGGCUACCCUCUCUGAAGUACUAUCUCAAGGGCAUGGAGGUCUCACCAUCGCAUAGAUCGUCGCUCGUAGGUACAGCGAGGAUUCUCAGGUCGAGAGGUCAAUGGCCGAGAGUGCAUCAACUUAUAACCAGAUGGCACCUGAUGUUAAGAGCGAAAAGGGGUGGCUUAAUAUAUCGUGGUGAUCUUUAUAUUCGAGCGUGGCAACUUCAGAGUGAAUCUCGUCAAAGGGCUCAUCAACAUCAACGAAAUCUUUGUCUAUCGGAGGAGAAUUGUUCGACGCCUCGUGUCGCAAGCGUAUCGGUCCAGUUGGAACAAGACAGCAACAAGUCCGAACAAUUGGAAAGGGCACCUCGUUGCAGUGUACGGACCUGUCGCCAAGCGAGAAAGGGAAAGUCUCGUGUGACAGCACCAGCACUUUUGGUUCAAAAUCUUCUCGAGACACUUUAGUCACGGUUUUUAUUGUCGAACGAAUGUCUCACGAUUGAACGUGAUGCUUCUACGAUACUCGGAGAAAGAAGAAAUGAAAGAAGAAGCGGAAAAGGAAAAGGAAAAAGAAAAGAAGGACCUUCAGCGCGAGUGUUUAUCCGCUCUCGGUGAACGUUGCGACCCGUGAAUUCGUGAGUGGUAUGAAACUGUUUUAUAGUUGUACGUUAAGAAAAAAGAUAGGAAGAAAGAAAGAAAAAAAAAAAGAAAUAUAGCAAAGAAAACGCGUUUCAACGUCUCUUAUCGUUUUUACGUCUUCUACGUGUUUUAUCUGUGGUGUUUUUUAUCUGUCGAUCAAGAGAGAACACUGGCCCAGACUCUUCGAAUGGAACUUUGUGAGCUUAAACCAAAGGGCGGGAGAUAGGUAAAAAAAAAGUUAAAAAAAAAAAUAGAGAGAGGAGGAGGGAGAGCGUGUGAAAGAAAGGAACAGAGAGGAAGAAAGAAAGAAGGAAGUUUUUCUUUUUGUGUGAUUAUUUAACAUAACUACGCUAUACAAGAUUCUUACAAGGUACGGAACUUUAAAAUGAAUUUUUAUCAACGAUGCAGAGAGACCGAGUUGCUACGACGAAAAUUGAUCCUUCUCGUGUAAACGCGAAAAACUUCAUAAGUUUGCAUUUGCGUGAAACGAGUUUAAUAAUUAUAAUUUAUUUUUUUUAUUAUAUAUAAUAAAUUGUUAUAUAUUUUAA